AUGGCUAGAGAUUUUCAUGUAGUGAUGCUUCCCUGGUCUGCUUUUGGCCACUUGAUACCAUUCUUUCAACUCUCUGUAGCCCUAGGCAAAGCAGGAGUGAAAGUCUCCUUCGUAUCAACCCCUAGAAAUAUCGGAAGACUCAAAGUUCCUUCAGAUUUAGCAAACCUGAUAGAUUUAGUAGCUUUUCAGUUGCCAGCCUUGGAUAAUGAGACACUCUUGCCAGAGGGUUCUGAGGCCACCGUGGACAUUCCUUCCGAGAAAAUUCAAUACCUGAAGAUUGCAUACGAUCUACUUCGACACCCGGUCAAGCAGUUCAUCUCAGAUCAACGACCGGGUUGGAUAAUCGUUGAUGUCAUUCCUCAUUGGGUGGUUGAGAUUGCCCACGAAUACCAAAUCCCUCUCAUUAAUUUCUCAGUUUUCUCUGCUUCUUCAUAUAGUUUCUUUGCAAAUCCAAGAUCCCUCACCAGCGACGGCCAAAAAAGAAUUGAGGGGUUUUACGGAAAGAAUGCUUCUGGAGUAUCUGACGCUGAAAGGCUUGCUAAAAUUAUUCAGGCAUCUAAAGCUUUUGCUAUACGUAGUUGCACGGAAUAUGAAGCCGAAUACUUGAACGUAGUGGAGAAGACAAAUGGCAAACCAGUGAUUCCUAUAGGUUUGCUCCUACCAGUGAAACCUGAAGGAAGAAGAAUGACAGACAAGUCAUGGAUAGAAAUCUUUGAGUGGCUUGAUGUACAAAAGCCUAAGUCAGUUGUGUUUGUAGGAUUUGGCAGCGAGUACAAGCUAAGCAAGAAUCAAAUUCAUGAGAUAGCGUACGGGCUGGAGCUAUCAGGAUUGCCAUUUUUAUGGGCACUGAGGAAGCCUGAAUGGGCUCUUAGCGACGAUGAUGCUCUGCCUCCUGGUUUUAGCGACCGUACCCGUGGAAGAGGAGUUGUCAGCAUUGGUUGGGCACCGCAAUUGGAAAUUUUAGAACACCCAUCAAUCGGAGGCUCGUUGUUUCACGCCGGAUGGGGUUCAAUUAUAGAAACGCUGCAGUUUGGGCAUUGUCUCGUGGUUUUACCAUUCAUUAUUGACCAACCCUUGAAUGCAAGGUUUUUGGUGGAGAAAGGUUUGGCAGUGGAAGUAGAGAGAAGUGACGAUGGAUCAUUUAGCGGAGUUGAUAUAGCUAAAGCUCUGAGACUGGCCAUGGUGUCCGAGGAAGGACAGAGUCUAAGAGUCCGAACCAGAGAAGCGGCUCAAAUUUUUGGAAACAGAGACCUGCAAAACAGUUACUUCAAUAGCUUUGUGGAGUAUCUAGAGAAAAAUGGAGCUGCAAAUCAAAGGCGUUAA